GUUAAUCAGGGAUUGGGGGCAGGCUCUUGGAUCGUUAACUGUUUCUGAAUGGCUGUUGGAGAAGAGCCGGUGGUUCGGAUUGGGUGGAUCGGGAGGGGUGCGGCUGGGCUCAGGGCUCGGGCAGAGCAGGCAAUAGCCCUGAAGAGGAUGCCUUCUACCGCACGCUGGACCAGAAGCCUUCUAGUCUCUGUUGGGAGGCCUCGGGGGACGGGGAGCUCACCACCGUUCUCUACGCUAGAUCAGUAUCCACGGGCUUGAUUCUGUCCUCGCUCUAGGCCAAUGAGGCGGAUUACGAGAGCCCCGCCACAGCCCCUUUUACGGACCGGUAAACUGAGGCUUCGAGAGGCUGGCGACGUGCCUCAGUUUCCCCCUCCGCCCCACGGCGGCGCGGGAGACUGGAGGCGAGGCUUGGGCCACGCGCUCGAACCCGUUUCCGAGUCCUGCAGUGCGGGCCAGCGGGCGCCCCCGCUGGAACCCAGCCCGGUCACCCAGGAGACGCGUUCUUGGCUGCCAUGGGAACCCGAGUGUUUGUAGGUCGCAGUCCUGGUGCGGCGGAGACCGGGGGCAGCUCCCGACAGUGCGCUCUCCAGCGCGCCGGGAUAAGGCUUGGUCUACGUACCACAAUUUCUUUGCUCUUGGAUGCCGGAUUCUGCUCAUUUUCCCGAGGACACCGAGGACCCACUUACUGCAGUCAUUUAGGGAUCCAGGAAAGCCACCAUGGCCAAAUUGCUACAAGCCCCCCCCAAAUUCCUGCUGCCCGAGUGGCACAUCGCCAACAAGAACCAGUACAACAGCGCUGAAUCUCAGCGCUCAAGGUCUGAGCGCCUAGUGGCUGAGAGCCAGAGGCUGGUAGAUGAAAUCGAGAAGACCACCCAGAGAACCCAGAGAGAUGUCAACAAGAAGAUCGAGCAGAGACUUGAUGAAAUAAAGUUCUGGAAGAAGGAAUUGGGUGACAAACUUGAUCAGCUCGUAAAGGAGACUGAAGUGCUGUUCACAUUUAAGACGAGAUUAGAGAAGGCCCUGGAGAGCUGCCAAGAGCCCUUGUAUAUUGCCCAGAAGUGUCAGAUGUUUAGGGAACAACGUGUUGGGAUUGACCUAGUGCAUGAUGAGGCGGAGCUUGAGCUGAUCAAGGAGGUGGAGGUCUUGCAGGGGGUCAUAUCCCUGCUCCAGCGCACACUGGAAGAGACCUCGGAGCAGCUCAGGUUGAACCGAGCUGCUAAGUACAACCUGGAGAAGGAUCUCAAGGACAAAUUCGUUGCUCUCACCAUCGAGGAUUUCUGUUCCUCUCUCACCAACAAUAACCCUGACAUCUGCUAUGCUGAUAAUGUCAUCCGAAUCGAGCCCAACUCUGUGAGCAUUGAUGAUUGGGUGGAUUUCUCCAAUGUUAAUGUGGAGAAGGCAGAUAAACAGAGGAACAACACACUAGCGCUGGAGGCCUUGAUUGACAGAAUUCUGUCCCAGACGGCCAGUGACCUGCGCAAACAGUUUGAGACUGUGAACCUCACCUUCCAAAGCCGGAUCAAAGAAACAAAGGAUGCCAAGGACAAAUUGACCAUGCACCUGGUCAAGGUGAUGGAUGAAAUCACCUCCCAGGAAAAGAACAUUGAAGUUUUAAAUAAAGCCAUCCUUGACAAAGAGGGCCCUGCCAAAGUGGCCCAGACACGCCUGGAGUCUCGGAGCCAUCGGCCCAACGUGGAACUGUGCCGGGAUCCGGCGCAGUACCGGCUGAUAAAGGAGUUGCAUGAGAUCACCAGCAAUGUGGAGAGGCUCAAGGCCACCUUGGCCCAGGCCGAGGCUGAGCUGAAAGGACUGAGUCGCAGACAGCUCGCCCUGCAGGAGGAGAUCCAGGUCAAGGAGAACACACUCUACAUUGACGAGGUCCUCUGCUUGCAAAUGAGGAAAAGCAUCCAGCACCACAACUUCUGAGCCCAUUGCUGGUGGCUCCCCGGGGCUCCUGCCGCCAAGGGUUUGGGUAGCCAUAGAUUUCUGAUUUUCAAUAAACAACUCCAUUAAACCAGG